UAUCAAUUUCGAUUCAAAUUACCUUCAAAGAUCGGCGGGCCUACCUAUUUGUCGGCUGACUCUUCAAGCCGUUUGUUUGAGUUUGAGUUUUCUGCGAAUUCAAUUUCCAAAGUAUGGAGCUUUGGAUAUGAUAUGCAUAAAUUUGCAAUUCUCCUCUAGCUUCUUAUGGAAUUUACAAGAUUACGUAUGUUCGCUUCUUCCUAAUUUCCUUUUAUCCAGGCGCUUAACCAAUUCUCUUACCGUCUAGGUGAGCAUCACUUCCUCAUACCAAUUAAAUGCAAGAGAAGGAAAACAAAAUUGUGUGGAAAUUUCGGAUAUAAUGAAAUCAAGCUGUGUGCUUAAUGUUGUUGGUGAACUGGCAUCAUCUGACACCGGAUAUCUUAGCUUGUCAGAGCUCACAGCUUGACUAUAUAUAUUCACUCUCUAUGAUGUUCCCAACAUUUGGCAUAUUUCUUUGUUUCGAAAGAUACUCCUCUAACAGGAUCACAAGGCUCACCUGGCAAUCUCGAAACUGCUCAAUCUUACUAGGAAAUCAUUUUAAGGGGUGCUCAAAACCUAUAAGAGGAUGGCUAAGGAAGUAUACUGGCCUCUCAAGCGGUUUGCGUAGUCGCUCUGCUCCUGCCGAUAGACUGUUUGUGUUGUCCUUUGUUGGUUUCCGUUCCGACUUCCCGUAUAACAACUUAUGCGUAACCUCUCGUGGGAUAUUGUAUGGAUAACAAAAUGAAUUUCCUCGCCUCGGUUCUCAAAUCGGUUUAGGCUUUCUUACAUAGUUGCUCCUACCGCUUGUCGCAAAAAGCAUUGGUUCCAUUUUGUGGUAUAGAAAAGGAAACCGACAAAGAGAUCCGUGAAUCCGAUAUUGCAUGUUAAUUAAUGUAAUGUCCAUAUUGUCUCAUAUUAAUAUCAAUCACAACCCAUCCUACCAU